AUGUCAAAUCUUACGAAAUUGGAUUUUAUGACUCUUGAUAUUUCGGGAAACAACUAUUUGAUAUGGGCUCUAGACGCUAAAAUUCAUUUAAGUGCAGAAGCAUUGAAAAAUGUUGAAAAGAAUGAAAAAGAGGGUCAGAGUAGCAAAACCAAUGGAAAUACUUGUUAUCGUUAUGGAGGAAAAGGUCAUUGGAGUCGCACAUCUCGCACUCCAAAACACCUUGUUGAUCUUUAUAAAAAAUCAAUGAAAAAUAAAAAGGCAAUUAUUGAAUCUCACUUUACUAAUGAAGAUAAUGAUCUAGAUUACAGUAAUAUGGAUGUUAUCCAUUUAGAUGUUGGUGAUCUCUUUGUUGAUCCAGAUGGAAAAAUUGAUCACCUUAUUGAAGAUGGAAGUGUCAAGAAAUAA